AUGAUGCGUCUGGCGAUUACUUGGAAUGUGUUGCGCAUGAUGUUUGACACUCUUGUAACUUCCACGCAUCGUGUUUGGACGGGCUUUGGGGACUCUGAAGAGAGCUUUCAUCCCCCUUCCAUAGUACCAUUCCAGGGGUGCGGCCAGGGCAACGGAGCGGGCCCGCCCAUAUGGGUUUCGGUGAGCUCCAUCAUCAUCCAGGUGAUGACCGCAAUGGGCUUUGGCUUUGAAUGCCUUACAGCAAUCGACUCUCACCUGAUCACCGCUCAGUGCAUUUGCUUCGUCGACGACAUGGACGUGAUCAAAGCAGGCAAGUCCGUGGAACAAUCUGGCGAGGAUAUAUGCCACUCCGUCCAACAAGCGGCUUCCAUAUGGGCUGGAGGCAUUAGUGCUACUGGAGGUGCAAUUAACCCAGAAAAGUCCUUCUGGUGGUUGAUCAACUUUGUUUGGGACUCCAGAGAGGGCAAAUGGCGGUUCCGCCGGACGCACCAACUCCUACCGGAUCAUAAAUUACAAAUACCGGGACUGACUGGCGAAUUGGAAGCCUUACGCCGUCUGGAGCCGGAUGAGGCAGAGAAAACCUUGGGGGUCAUAUUGGCCCCAUUGGAAGAUCAACAGGCACGCGUCGCCCACCUCAAGAGUAUCUCCAAAAAGUGGGCGGAGCAAGUGCGAUCGGGGCAUCUACACAAAUACGAUGUCAUUCCCCUUAUCAAGACAACGGUGAUGAAAUCCUUGGAAUAUCCUAUGGUGUUAACUACACUGGACGCUGCGACAUGGGUGUCGAUUAUAAGUCCCGUUCUCCAAGUCUGUUUGCCGAAAGCCGGCAUCUGCAGGAGCUUCCCUCGCGACAUGGUUCUUGCCCCUCUCAGAUUCCAGGGUCUGGGCAUCCCUCAUCCGUUUGGCACUCAGGUGUCCAAACAUAUUGAGGUUCUGCUACGUCACUUGUCCAACCGAACUAAAACUGGGGCGUACAUGGAGGCUGCGGUUCAAGAACACCAACUUGAGACCGGCACCUCCUUCGGACUCUUCCAGCAGGACUAUAGCAACACGGCAAUUUUGGCGUCGAAUACCUGGCUCAAAAGAGUCUGGAAAGAGUUGGAGGACUUGGAUAUCUACGUUGCUCUCGACACUCCAGUCCUCCCUCUCCGGUGUGAAGGCGAUGCUUUGCUCAUUGAGGUAUUUAUGGAGUUGGAAGUGGACCAGGACGCUCUGAAGUGGCUCAACUGGUGUCGUAUGUUCCUCCAAGUUUGCACCGUCUCCGACAUCGUGACGGCCGAUGGCCGCAGCAUCCGGGAGUCAAUGUGGCAUGGGGAACGUGACUACACUCAUCGUUCUUCAUAUCAAUGGCCUCGCACUGCCCGACCCAACAGGAACCACUGGAGGGUGUGGCAGGAGCACCUUACUCGAGCAUAUAUAUAUAACUGA